AUGGAGGAGGAAUGGAUCGACACUGUACCCUUGGUCGGCAUCAGCCCGUUCGAGUGGAGGAAUGUGUAUCGAACACGGGCCACAAUCGACGAAUGCGACUUCAACAUCCACUUGAGCAACUCUAGCUAUGCCAAAAUUCUCGACGCGUCUCGGCUUGAAUGCGUCGUCACACUCUUCCCUGUGUUCUUCCGUUCAGGCGGUGCCAUGGCGCUGGGAGCAACGCACUUUCAUUUCAUGCGCGAAAUCCCUCCUUUCCAAGACUUCGAAAUCCGGUCCUACAUCGGGAGCUGGGAUCGCAAAUGGCUAUACCUCGUCUCUAAAUACGUGACCAAACCAAAGGAAGGCUCUCCUUCCUCCCCACCUCCCUUCUUCCCUCAACAACAAUCCCACCUUCCCUCACCCGCAUCCUCCGGAACGUCCACACCCACAAUUCCCAUCCCCUACCAAUCCCUCUUAGUGGAAAAAGACGGGUGGGUAGUCCACACCGUCGCAGUCGCCCAACUCUGCUUCAAAGCCGGGCGAAUCACCGUCCCACCCUCCAUCGUCCUCGCCUCAAACGGAUUCUGUGUCUUCCCCUACACCUCGCCCAUCCCCUACUCCACCAUCUCAACCGACCCCUCCCGUAAGCCCAACCCUCCCCCGCAUUGGGCCGAGGUAAAGAAACUGGUGUCGCCGAAGCAUGGAGGCAGUUUGCGCAAGUAUUUCGAGUUUCUGAGGAGUGGGUGGAAGGAGGUUAGGUAUGAGGAUGGGGAGAGGUGGUGGGAGACGGCGCUUGGUGGGGAGGUGGAGGCGCAGCGCGAGAGAGCACUGGCUGAGUUGGAGUUGUUGAAGAAGGGGUUGGAGGGUGCUAGAAGCACCUUCAAGUCGUCAGAAUCCGACUAUACCUUCACGUAA